AUGACGAACAAAAGCGAGGAAAAGAUCAGCGAUAGUGUGGAAAUUUUGGACGGUGUCUCUUCUACAGAUGUCAACGACAAGGUUGCUGCCGUUUUCCAAGAGUAUCUGCCCGAAGAACAUGUUCUAUCGGAAGUAGAUUAUAUUGCGAAAGAAAACAACUUGGAGAGCUACAGAGAGCUUCUAAAUCGAGGAGCUUUGUGGGCCAACAACCCGAAAAUUAUCGAAACCGAUGAAUACGCUGUUUCCGAAAGGAGAGCCUUCGAACGAUCUAGAACACAUCCCAUGUUAUCACUCUCCCCGCAUAUGAAAUUAGCCGCUAUCUGUACUUCAUGUGCUGCAAUUAACUUUGGUAUGGACGAAAGUGCGAUUGGUGGCGCGGUUUUGCAAUACCAAACACAAUUCAAUAUCACGGAUGCGAAUAUUCAGGGUCUUACAGUGGCAGCCCCAUACCUGGCGGCUGCUAUAAUUGGAGCACCACUCACGCUUUAUCUAGACAAAUACAUGGGGCGCAAAUGGAUUAUUUUAUUGAGCUGUGUGAUAGGUUUUGCUGGCUCAUUAAUUCAAGGUUUCUCAAACGGAUUAGGGUGUCUUUUAUUUGCACGUUUGUUUCUCGGGAUUGGUAUGGGCUUGAACUCUUCCACUGUGCCAAUCUACACGGCUGAAUGUUCUCCAGCUCAUUCUCGUGGAGCCGUCCUUAUGUUGUGGCAAACCUUUAUUGCUUUGGGCGUGUGUUUAGGUUCGGUUUUCAAUAGGGCCUUCGUUGGUAUUAGCGGAUCCUUGUCGUGGCGGUCGAUGAUUGGCUCAUCUGCUGUGGCACCCUUUAUCACCGGAAUUCUGAUCUUCUUCCCCCCUGAGUCCCCAAGAUGGCUUAUUGUUAAUGGACGCGCCAGGGAAUCAUUGGACGCUUUGAUCAAGCUCAGGCCAAACGACCUCACCGGCGCUAGGGAUUUUUACAUCUUACACCAGUCGUUGAAGUUUGAGGCAGAGUUGAAAAACCCACUUUCUUCUUGGACAGCAGUUUAAAUCUUUAUUUGGGAAUGCAAGGAACAGAUUUGCCAUCAUUGUUUCCUUUAUUGGGAUUUUGGGGCAACAAUACGGUGGUGUUAACAUUCUGGUUUCCUAUACUACAACAAUCUUAACUAAAGCUGGGGUUGACCCCGUCACAGCCAUCGCUGGCUCGAUUGGCAUUGGUGGCGGAUGUUUCCUGGCAACUUUUUUGUCAACUCAAUUAAUAGACCGCUACGGAAGAAGAAAGAUGUUGCUAUUCACUUUACCAGUGGAAGCCAUAUGUCUCUUUUGGCUGGGCGGUGUGCUUAACGUUCAAAACACGCAAAGCAGACUUGGUGCUGGGCUGGCAUCGAUGUAUGUUUUUGUUUUGUUCUACGGGACAGGAAUCGGGCCAGUAAGCUUUACUUUAGUUGCGGAAACAUCUUCGAUAUCGGUGAGAAUGGCUCACAGUGCAACUUGUAUGUUUGUGAAUUGGAUUUUAGAUUUUUGUCUAAGCAUGACAUGGCCCAAAAUGAAUGCGACGAUGACUACUUCUGGAGGCUUAUACUUCUACGGUGCUUUCAAUAUCCUAAUUUGGGCUCUUGCGUACUUUUGUAUCCCGGAAACAAAGCAAUUCACUUUAGAGCAGCUCGACGAAAUUUUCAAAGUUGGUAUUCUCGCUCACAUAAAGAAAACAUCAAGGUACCUGACAACCUGGAAAGGUAGGCAUAAGUGA